AUGGGAGAUCAGUGGGUGGCAGCAUCCAUUCUCCAUCCCGGGCCCCCAACAACAUCCAUCAGUAGUAAUGGAAACAACAUUAGCGGCAACACAACAACAACAACAACAGGAUUAAAACGUCCACGCGAUUCCUAUUUGUACGAUCGUGAUGGAAAACGAUUGAAGGGAAUGAAAGGAGAAGCCGCACGGCUUAUGCACGAUCAUCGCAUCUUCAGUAGUGAAGAGGAACUUCAUCAUUUGGAACAGGCGUUAGCGGCAGGGCAGCGAACAGCAACGGCAGCGGCGGCUGAUGGUGGUAGCGGUGGUGGAAGUAAAGCACAUGGAUUGCCUGCACUUCCCGAUAUGUUUGGAGUAGUUGUUUCCACAGCGGUGGGAGGAACCACAAUGGAUACUGUGAAUGGUGAGAAUGUGAAUAAUGGGGCUUUAGUGCCACCCAUGCAUCGCUGGUCACUUGUGCAGAAUCGGCAAGUUACAGUAAAGCCGUUUUCAAAUACUAUAGAGAAGUGUGAGGUGUCUAAUCCGUUAGUGAAGAUGGAGAUGCCGUCUUUGCGGAUUAGUGGAUGUGGGAAUCGUUGGGUACGAGCAGAUGCACAACAUGUGGAGAAUGCCCUAACAUCUCUUCUUUCAUCACAACCAACACAACAAGAAGGGAAAGAAGAACACAAAGAAGAACACAAAGAAAAACAAUCAACAGCUGAAGUAAAUGUGGAAGAGGGUUGUGGUGAUGGGGUAGAGAGAAGUUAUACCGAAGAAUGCAGGAGAAAGGAUCUCCCCGCUUCGUGGAUUACAUAUGCCUUGUCAGCCCCUGCAGAGGCUGGACUCUCUGUAUUAAACGCACCCGUCACCGCAUCUCCCUUUGCCUUCUUCACUCUAACGGAAGAAGAAUACACCACUUUGGGUUUGGAUGCGGAUAUUUAUCAACCCGUAUUUGUCUCUCAUGCGAAACAUAACUCGAAUGCUAAGAUGAUGAUGUUACCCUGGCGUUUUGACUUUACAUCUACAUGUAAACUUAUUACCUUGUAUGAACGUUUUGGUAACUUUGCGGUGGUUGCAGAUCGUUGGAAGUAUGCUGAUAGUAAUGGUGUAGCCCCUGCGAGAGAUCUGCAGAAAACAACAACAACAACAACAACAACAACAACAGUAACUCCACCUGUGGAAGUGAUGAUGGAACGCUAUAGACUCGUAACAGAGGCGGUUCUUCGUAAUAGACUUCAUUUAUUACAAGGACUUCUUGAGGGAGAUACUGUAGGAGUUGAGGCCACUCUUUCUCAUGAUAGCACCUCCGCUAGUCAGACAAGCGGCGUAAAGAAAAAGCAGAUGGAAGAACGGGUAGUGACAUCAACGCACCCAUUGUGUUCUUUAUUGGAGAAACAUCCCAUUCUCGCCGCACAGCGAAAACGGCAGGAAUGGCUUACGCAGAGGCAACAGAAACUAAACCAGAAUGAUGAUAGUCAACUCACACCUAUUACAAAUGAGACUAACGAAGAUGUGGUACUUACUCGACAUAGAGUAGAUAUCCUACAACAAUGGGGAGAAACAGCACUUUCUCUAGCUUGUUCUUCUUAUUCACCAUCAUCAUGUAAUGCUACUGGUGUUGAUGAUGGUGUUGAUGGUGUUUCCUCUUCUUCCUUAUUAGUGCAAACCGAUAACAAUUCUGAAAAGGGAAAAGUGGAUGUUGGUGAUGCUGAUGCAUCAAUGUUGAUAUCUCGUCCUCCACUCCCUUCUGCAUCUCCAUUCUGGUAUGAUACUAUACUAGAGCAGGUACGACGAGAGCAACUUCAUGAGUAUCUCAUCAGUGAAGCCAAGAUGAAUGUACCAUACUUUAAUGCGGUAGUGGCACUUCGUCGUGUGGAUAAACAGGCAACAUUGUUGUUAGACAAACUAAAGGCGUUAACACAUGAUGGACGAACUUCACAGGGAGAAGUGGAUCCUUCACAAGCUGGGGAUAUGGAAGGUAAAAAAGUUAUGCAAGGCAAAAGACGAAUUGGGGUUAAAAAUCGUAAACAACAAAAUACAGCAGAUGCUAUGGCGGAAGUUAGUUAUCAAGCUGUAAAAGAUGAAGUUCAAUGUAUACCAUUUCACUGUGAACGACUCAAGUUAUCUGUACAGGCAGGAUGGUUUUUACCCCCUCCAGUUGGUAGUACAAAUGGUAAAAAGUCUAGUGGAAGUGGUGGAGGUGGCGCUAAUAGUAACAGUUCCGCUAUUGUUAAUCGAGCUUUAAGUAAUUUUUCAGAAGCUCUCUUGUUAACAUUACCGCCAAGUGUACCUCGACUUCAUCUUGGGGUGGAACAUGAACUGGAGAAGCACCUGUGGGAGGACCACAGAGCACUUAGUGAUGAUAAUGCAGAAGUGCAACAACUGCUUAGUGAGGCCCGUGUACUUUAUACACAGAAUGUGAUUCUACGCCGCUUUGCAGGAAGAUGUGGAGUGUUGGAGGCAUCGCUGAAGAAGUUGGCGAGUGAGGCUGCCGCAGUGGAACUAUAA